GAUGAGGCUGUGGUAGUCUAUUGGUAGGCGGAGGCUCGGGGGCAAUUUGAGGGGGGGUCCGUUUUCCGUUGCCCCCCCAUGGAAGCCAUAGAGCUGGGGGGGCUGCAGUGUCGCCUGCGACUCGGACCCUUCCAACCUGGGCCAGCACAUCCAGCUGAAAGCCUGCCGAGGAGGCUGCUGCCCCCCCCUACCCCCAACGGGUCGAAUCUGGGGGGUCUUACGCGGCGUCGCCCCCCCCGCCCCCCCCCGAUGGAACUGCUCAAGCUGCCUUCAGCGACCCCAGGCCCUGAGACCCCCCCCUGCAAGUAUGGGGGGGUCCAUAUAAGGCUAAUAUGGGGGGGUCCAUAUCCUUUAUAUGGACCCCAUACCCCCUAUUUCCCUUCCAGGUGUGCUUUCUUCCCAGGGGCCAUUGACCGCCCCCCUGGGGGCUGCUGGACGCCGGGGGGGCUGCGACCCGUUAACGUGGCUGUGGGGUCUGAGGGGGUCAACUCUAUUGAUGCCCGGGAGAAGGGAGCUUUAGGGGCCACUGGGCGCAUCUAUGGCGGCAGGAAUGGGGAGCGUAUGGGCAGUGGGCUCAUCUAUGGGCAGGAAUUGGGGCUAUGGGGCCAGUGGGGCAUCUAUGGGCAGGAUGGGGCUAAUGGGGCCUAG